UAUUUUAUAUGCUGCUACAGGAAUAGCAAGUUAACAUUGAUAUGGGUUUUGAGCAACUAAAAUGGCCAUGACGAGGUAUGAUGUUUGUCCAAUGGAGGAUGCUGUUUUUACAUUGAUAGAAUAUUUGGUUCAACCACUGUUACCAUCAACAAAAUCGUCUAAGCGGGAUCCGCCACCAUUAUCUCAACAGGAAUUAGUUGCAAAACAGAUUCAUGCAGUCGUCAUACUAUACAACUACUACCACAGGAAACAACAUCCUCAGCCUGAGAAAAUGGAAUUUCUGGAUUUUCCCUCAUUUAGCAAGUUUGUUGUGGAUAUGAAGCCUUCUCUGUUAGCGCAUAUGAAGCUCAUGCAAAAGUCUAAUGAUACUGAAUUGUAUGAUUUGAAAACAGAGCUGUCAUUGACAGAAUACAUGAUCAUGAAUGCAUGUGAUAUAUCUGCAAGUUUGGAUGCAUUGAAGGAUAGUCCAAACAUAGAGAGCUGGCCAGUUUCUAAAGUUACAGUUCUUUUAGUAGACUCGAGAAAGGAGAAUUGCUUUUUACAAGUUGGUUCCAUCACCAAGGGUGUUUGGUCAGUGAUUGAAAAAGAUGUGGAUACCGGGGAUACCAAUGUGGAGCGCACAAUGGAAGGAAAGCAAAUAAAUAAGAAUAAAAGAUCUAUCAGAAGAACUUUGAGAGACAAUACGGCUAUUGAUGAACCUUGCUUUCAGCAACUUGCUUUUUCAGCUGUCAAGGAAGAAGCAGGCAUUGAUCAGAGCUAUCUUACGAUUCUGGAAAGCCAUGUUGUGUAUUCCCUGAGUAAAGAAAAAACAGCUGCUCGCUUUUAUAUAAUGGAGUGUAAUCCACAAGGCAAUGAUAGUGUUUGUUCAGUACCUGUUGAAGAUGCUGUUAACAGCUUGCAGGGCCCUUUGUUUAGAAGGGAUUCUGGUGCAUGGGAGGUUACGAAGGUUGUUGAGUACUUCCAUCUGCUUCCUUAUGCUGGGAUAUUGUCAGACUGGCCUUCUAGGGAAGUGUCUUCAAACAGUUCGCAAAAUCAAUUGCCAGGAUCUGGAACCAUAAAUGUGUGCUCUGUGAAUACAGAAAAACCCGAUGAACAUUUUGACAGAUCUAAACUAAGUAAUGGCACAGUUAGGUGUGUCGGCAGCAAGACCGAUGGCUCCAAUUUCAAAUCACCCAAGAAUGCCGGCGAUAAUUCAAGCUGCGUUAAAGUUCUGUCUGAUGGUUGCAAUGACCAAUACAGCAUGGGACCUGAUUUGUUUGCAUAUAAAGUGGAACAUGAUUACCUAAGCAAUGACAGAUGCGUGAAUAUUGCUACUGAAGUACAACCAAACAAUUACCGGGAACUGAUUGUUCCCUGUACCAAGAGUGAUUUAAAUGCCUCAAGUCAUGAUAAGGUCAUGAAGGUUGAUUCAAAAGUAACACGACGUAUUACUGAUGGUGGUAAACUUGUUGCCUAUGGAGACAAGAACGGCACUCAUAGUUCGUCUGAUCAAGUAGGUGAUCAUGCACUGGUUGCUCAUGAGUCCAAUGCUAAAACCUUUGAAAAGUUACAGAAUGCCAUAGCUUCAAAGGAAAAAUUACUUUCACAAACCGCAUUGAAAGUUCUUCAUCAAAAAAGGGAUAGACUGUCACUUCAGCUACGAAAUAUAGAAGAUGAGAUCGCUCGAUGUGAUAAGGAUAUUCAGACAAUUCUAACUGGUGGUGAAGAUGAUUUGGCAUUGAAAAUAGAUUCUAUUAUAGAAGGUUGUAAUGAUGCAUGCCUCAGAAGUGUUAACCAAGAGAAGUGUCUUGAUGAUCGCUCUCACCAUCUCAAGAGGAAGAGGUUAUCAGAGGCCGUGCUGAAUGUGCAAAGUCCAUGUCAGCAGGAACUGGAUGGUAUAUGUUACGAGAACAAUUGGAUGUUACCCUCGUAUCACGUCUCAGCUUCACAUGGUGGAUUCCAGGCUAAUGUGACACUGCAGGGGGCAGAUUUCAAAUGUUCAUGUGCGAGUGGCGUGCUUCCUGAUCCUUGCAAGGCCAGAGAAUCGGCUGCAUCCCAGGUGCUGGCCAAGAUGCGGAGUAUGGCUCCUGUCCCAUAAGACUAGAACAUGACAUGUCAGCUUUAGCUUCUUUUUGUGGAUAUAUUGCUAUGUGAUAAUAUAGGUGAACGAUCAUUUCAGUAGUUAAUGUGGCAAACGUACCCCUGCAUCAUAAUUUUUUUUUUUUUUUAUUUAUUAGACACAAGAUAGAUGUUACUAAGGUGCCGAAGGGUGCCACCCAGCAAUCCAGAUAAAACAGAGGUUGGUCACAUCAAACUGUUUAAUUUUGGCAGAGUAUUGAGAACCAGAUGUUCUAAAUGUGUCACGUGAACCGUCCGUUUUUGACGAGGUUAACAGUUAA